AUGAAUCAAUCCGAAUCACGAAAUAUUCAACGUCGUCUCUUAUUCGAACCUUCUCAAUAUCAGGUUAUACGAAAUGAAUCUCAAAAGGGUCCUUUGUGGUGGAGAGCAUUUGGCUUUCCAGCCAAAAUAGAUGAUAAAGGAGAAUUUCAAAGAAUUGAAGGAUUCAUUAGUUGUCUUAAAUGUAAAAAUACACAAAUUCACAACAAAUCAAGUGGAACCAAACGUUAUAAAGAACAUGCUGAUAAAUGUUAUCCAAUAAUAAAUGAAACAGUCAUAUCUUCUUCUUCAUCAUCAUCAUCGUCAUCAUCAUCAAUCGAUUUAACAUCUUCAUCAUCAUCAAUUGAUUUAACAUCUUCAUCAUCAUCAAUUACUAUAUCUUCCUCGCCAUCAUCAGAUGUAUCCAUACAACCGACUCUACAUCAAAUGGGAUUCAUUAAACCUACAAAAGUCAGCGAAAAAGAUGUAAAAAAAGUCAAAGAUUUAUCAGUUCAAUGGGUUUGUGGUAAUAUCCGGCCUUUCAGCGUAUUAAGUGACGAAGGUUUUAGACAUUUAGCACAAGAAUGUGUUCGACUUGGUUCUUUGUAUGGCAUGUUCGACAUUAAUGAUGUUUUACGUUGUGACAAAACAAUAUCGCGACACGUUGUUACAUUUGCUGAUGCUGAACGUGAAAAACUGAAAGAGCUGUUAUCUAUUCCUUUACAGCAGCAUUCAUUGACAAUAUGCCCAGACUUUUGGACUGAUCCAUAUCGAAAAAUCUCUUAUUCAGGUAUUACUAUUAUCAUGGUCGAUGAUAAAUGUAAUUUUAACUCGAUCGAUCUAUUUUGUAAACCGUUUGAAUACAAAACCAAGUCAGCUGAAAACGUUUCUCUUCUCAACUGCUUGAACUUUCUCGGUAUUGAUUCGUUAUCUGAUGUUAAUAUUGUGUGUGAUCGUGGUAGUAAUUUCGUGUGUGCUUUUGAAAACUUCGAACCAUUGUUCUGCUAUGGUCAUCGACUGAACAAUAUUGUUAAAAUAACGUUUUUCCAAAACAAGAGCAAAAAAAAACACUUUAAAAAGAGCGACUCAACAAAUACAAUUGAUACAAGUCAGCUUGCAUUAUUAAAAGUCGAGGAUGAUAAUCAUAAUGAAACUCAAGAAUCUUCAACAGAAGACAGUGAAGUAUCAACUGAUAAUGACUGUGACAACGAUAUGACUCUUUUAGUUGCUAAAAAAACGAAAAAACCCAUUAAAAAAUCUACAUCAUCAAAAAAUGAUUCAUUAGCUCAAAUAAAAAUUACAAUAGAUCAAAUUCCAUCAUCAGCCAAACACGCAGGUAUAAAUAACGAUAUCAAAGAAGAAGAUGGUAUUACCUUGCAUCAAUCGUGCAUUGUCAGAUGGUUGUCGAUGUCAAAUCUGUUAGAAAGCAUAUCAACAUCAUUCAAGGCAACCAAACGAUUGUUAUUAUCCAGAAAUCAAUAUUCUUUAGUGAGCGAUUUGGAUUUACCGACAAUAAAACAAUUGGUUCUUGUUUUAAAGCCGUUAAAACAUGUAACGAGCCUCGUCCAGACCGGAAAUUCGCCAUCGUUGCAUAUGGUUUUGUUAUGUAAUUUAUCUUUAAAACAUGCUUUAUCAUCGCACCAAUCAUUACUCGAUUAUGUUAACAAACAUUGCAACUCAAAGAGUAACACACUUCAUAACAAUGAAAUUGAAGAAAACGAAGACUAUGAAUUAGAAGGAAUCAAAUGGUUCAGAGAAAGGUUUUUGAUUCUGAUUGAUGAACUUUUUUGUUUGGAUGUACGCCAUUAUUGUGCGACAUUGUUAAAUCCAAAAUAUAAGCUGUUAAAAUUUUGUACGAAGGACGAACGAACUCGUUGUCAUGAAUAUAUUCGACAGCAGUUGAAAAUUUUAACUGAUGCCGGUACAACUGCUAAAUCAUAUAAAACUCCAUCUGAACCGCAGCAAAAGGUAUUCAAAACAGCUGAUACUAUAUUUGCGUGUUUCGAGGAUGAUUACUCAAAUGAUGAAGUACAAAAUGAUCUUCAAGAUUCUCCAUAUGAAAGUGAUGAAUAUGAAUUUAAUACAGUACAGUUCGAUGAAUUAGAUCGAUAUUUAAUUCUAAAUAUUGACAAGGUUUCGUUGACGAAUAAUCCAUUAGAUUUUUGGAGAAACCAUACAAUGCAAUUUCCAUUAUUAUCCAAGUUAGCAAAACGUGUCUUUUCAAUACCUGCAACGUCGUGCGGCGUAGAGCGUCAAUUUUCUAGUGCAGGUUUAAUUGUAAAUCAACGAAGAACAAACAUCAAUCCCGAACAUAUUCAAGAUAUUCUAUUUAUAAGAUCGUUACAGAAACUAAAAUAA